UAUGAACUCUGAUCCAUGUUUUUUGGAAUCCUUGACUUUGUGUUUAGUUCUUGAGACUUUCUUGAGUCAAAACUUGAGAUCUUGAAUAUGGUGUUUGAGCACAUUCUGUAAAUGCAUAGCUUUGAGAAUGAGAUCAUUUCAGAAACUAGCGUGUUUACAAUGGACUACUCACUCAGCAAUAGUGACAAGAAAACAUUAAAAAGGUGGUUUUUUAUUGACAAAAGGGUCGGGUAAAAAGAGUGAUUCACAGUUCUUCAUAUCAAACCCUCAAACUUUGUAGCAUAAAUCUCAAAAAUUGUCUUCUGAUCAUAAAAUGGAUUUAAGCUCAGCAAAUGCUUCUCCUGUUCUUGCCGAUCCUCUACUCCCUAUGAAUCAGACGAGAUUAGGAUUCCAUUCCAGUGUAUUCCCGCUUUUAAUUCCAAAGAAAAAGCCUGGGAAAGUUGAUGAUGUUCGAUCCAACGGUUGGCUUGAUGCCAUGCGAUCAUCUUCACCUCCUUGUAAAAGGAUGGUGAAAGAUGUUGAAGAUGAGCUUGCUUCUGAUGAGAAUGAUCUUAUCUAUUAUUCUUGGAAGCUCAAGUAUCCAUCGGCCCUCAAAUCUUUUGAUCAUAUUAUAAAUCGUGCAAAUAACAAAAAGAUAGUAAUCUUCUUAGAUUAUGAUGGGACACUCUCACCAAUUGUAGAUGAUCCCAAUCGUGCUUUUAUGUCAAUCGAUAUGCGUGCUGCUGUGAAGGGCAUUGCAAAGUAUUUUCCAACAGCGAUUAUUAGUGGAAGAAGCCGCGAUAAGGUUUAUGAGUUAGUAGGACUAACAGAACUCUUUUAUGCUGGUAGUCAUGGUAUGGACAUCAUGUUCCCAAUGUCUAUCAACCAUACAAACUAUAUUCGAUCUACUGACAAACAGGACAAGGAAGUAAAUUUAUUCCAGCCUGCUAGAGAGUUUAUACCAAUGAUCAAUGAGGUUUUUAGGACCCUUGUUGACGUGACAAAGGAUAUCCGAGGGGCAUUUGUGGAAAAUCACAAAUUUUGUACUUCUGUACAUUACCGUAAUGUAGAUGAGAAGAGUUGGCCGAUGAUUGCACAACGUGUGCAUGAUGUCUUGAAAGAUUAUCCUCGUUUGAGAUUAACUCAUGGUCGGAAGGUUUUAGAGGUCCGUCCCGUUAUUGAUUGGGACAAAGGGAAAGCAGUCGAGUUUCUACUUCAAUCACUUGGGCUAAGCAAUAGUGACGAAAUGCUUGCAAUUUAUAUUGGAGACGAUAGAACAGAUGAAGAUGCAUUUAAGGUUUUAAGAGAAGGAAAACGUGGUUAUGGGAUUUUGGUAUCUUCGGUACCCAAACAAAGCAAAGCUUUUUUAUCACUUCGUGACACUUUGGAAGUCAAAGACUUCCUUAAAUCACUAGUUUCAUGGAAGGAACAAAAUUAUGGUAAUGAUAAAUGAUCAAACGAGG